AGGAUGCAGAUUUUCGUGGAGACUCUCGCCGGCAAGACCAUCUUCCUCAAGGUCGACCCGUCAGACACCAUCUACGUUGUCAAGGCCAAGAUCCAGGACCAACAGCGCCUCACCUUCAACGGGGUGGAGCUGCACGACUGUCGCACGCUGGCCGACUACGGCGUCCGUGACGGAUCCACCCUUGGCAACCGCCUCCAUCCGCUCCAUGACAAGAUGCAGAUCAAUGUGGUCGAGACGUUGACAGGCAGGGCCAUGAACGUUGCAGUCACGAGCUCAGACACCGUCGACAAUGUCAAGGCCAAGAUUUACAAGUGGCACGGCUUCCCCACGGACGAGCAGUGCCUCAUCUUCGCCAACAGACAGCUCGACGAUGACGCCGAAGGCAGGACCCUGGCAGACCUCAACAUCCGCAACGAUGCCACCCUCCUCCUCGUCCUCCAUAGCCGGUGCCCGAGAGGAAGGAUGAACAUCUACGUGAAGACGUUACAAGAAGAAUUCUAUAAUCUUGAGGUGAGGAGCGCAGAUACCAUAUACAAUGUCAAGGAGAAAAUCUGGGCUAUCGAAGGCAUCCCCCCGGACCUGCAAUGCCUCAUAUUUAAUAACAAGUUAAUGGAGGAUGACCGUACCUUGGCAUACUACAAUGUCCAGAUGUAUGAAAUUCUCUAUUUUGCGUUCAACCUACGUGGUUGA